CCGAACUCCGUAUCAAAGUCAUCGGUUCGAUCAAAUUUGUUUCUGUUGCAUCACAAAAUGAGCUCAUCUAGUAGUGAUGACAAUGUACUGGUCCCGAGCUCACAGACAGAUGAUGAUGAUAACCCUCGAGCGCGAAAACGUCAACGGAGAAGCCGACCGUCAAGCCAUCACGAUGACGAGGAGGACGAAUAUGAUUUACCCUCAUAUGACGACGAAGUGGACGAAGCGAACGUCGAGGGAGAGGAGGAGAACGACGACAACAAUCGAAAAUCCAAAUACGAAGAUCGAACUCAUUACCCGGAAGCAGAACGACAACCUGACACAUUUGUAACCCAAUUGACCCAACAAUGGUCCAGUCCCUCGAGGAUCAGAGGUGCGCGGUGGAUGAAACCUCGAGACAGCCCAAGUCCUUCACCGGCGAGACUUCCUUCUGCUCGAUCCACGAUCGUCGCCACCGGUGUUGGCGCCAGCACGAAUAAUCUUGCGGCAGCUGAUGAUUUUGAAGUCGAAGACGAAGACGAGGAUGACAUCGCCUUAUUGGCUGCCUUUGAAGCUGUCGAGACUGCUGCUGCUCAACAUGAUGUUGUCCCUGCCGCCGCCAAUGGCAAUGCUGCAAGCAAUUCUUCCUCUAAUACUACUGCUGGCCGAGGUCCGAUUCAACGUAGCACUUCUUUUCGUCAGACCACUCUCCAUGGUAUGCAUACCACUCAACAGGAUCCUGCUCCUCCUUCUCGAACCCAGCAAUCCCAGCAGGCCAAAACAACACGUAAUAACUGGCCACUGGUCGUCAGUCGCAACGAAACCCCAACACAUCACAGCAUUGACCGCGAAGCCAUGGCGACGUGGGUGUAUCCCACGAACCUGGGAAGGAUCAGAGAUUACCAGUACAACAUCGUGCACAAAGGCCUCUUUCACAAUUUACUUGUUGCCCUCCCGACCGGUUUGGGUAAAACUUUCAUCGCCGCCACGGUCAUGCUGAAUUGGUUCAGGUGGACCAGAGAUGCACAGAUAAUCUUUGUCGCACCCACCAAACCUCUAGUGUCCCAACAAAUCGAUGCCUGUUUCAACAUUGCGGGCAUCCCUCGUUCAGAGACCACCAUGCUGACAGGGGAAGUGUCCCCGGGCAUACGAGCGGAGGAAUGGCAGGAGAAGCGGGUGUUUUUCAUGACACCUCAAACUUUGAUCAACGACCUGAAAAACGGCAUGGCGGACCCGAAGAAGAUUGUUCUGGUCGUAGUCGACGAAGCACACAAGGCCACGGGCAACUAUGCCUACGUCGAAGUGGUCAAGUUCUUGCGGAGGUUCAACAUGAGUUUCCGAGUACUGGCCCUGACCGCCACACCGGGGGCCACGGUGGAGGCGGUCCAAGAAGUGAUCGAUGGUCUUGGAAUCGCCAGAACCGAGAUCAGGACAGAAGAGUCUCUCGACAUUCGAGACUUUGUGCACGCCAGAAAUGUCGAGACCCAGGUUUUCGAAAACUCCGACGAGAUGAGCAUGUGCCUGGAACUGUUUUCGUCCGCCAUCCAACCUCUGAUGAACAAACUCAACAGCCAGAAUGCCUACUGGGGUAAAGAUCCCGAAAAGAUCACGCUGUACGGUCUGAAAAUGGCACAGGAUAAAUGGAGGGUCUCCGAGGCCGGAAGGAGAGCGUCCCAGGGCAUCAAGGGCAUGGUCUCGGCCAUCUUCGCCGUGGUCAUGAGCUUGGCGCAUAGCUUGGAACUCCUCAAGUACCACGGGAUCGGCCCCUUUUACCACAAGAUGAAACUCUUCGCCAGCGGUGAGACGGGAAAGGGAAAAUACGCAAAGCAAAUCACCGACGACGAGAAUUUCAAGAAGCUGAUGUCCCGCCUGCAAAUCUGGAUCAACGACCCCAACUUCAUCGGCCACCCGAAGCUUUCGUACCUGAAGGAGGUGGUGUUGAACCACUUUCUGGAUGCCGGGGAGGGUAGGGGCGGAGGAAACACGUCUCAACCGGCAAACACCCGCAUCAUGAUCUUCGCGCACUACCGCGACAGCGCCGAAGAAAUCACUCGCGUCCUGAACAGGCACGGCCCGAUGAUCCGAGCCCACGUCUUCGUCGGGCAAUCUGGCACCAAGGGGUCCGAAGGCAUGGACCAGAAGACCCAGCUCGACAUCAUCAAAAAGUUCAAGGCUGGCACCUACAACACCAUCGUCGCCACCUCCAUCGGCGAGGAAGGCUUGGACAUCGGCGAGGUCGACCUGAUCGUCUGCUACGAUUGCUCCAAGUCACCCAUCAGGAUGUUGCAGCGCAUGGGCCGGACGGGAAGGAAAAGGGCGGGCAACAUCGUACUCCUGUUGAUGCGCGGCAAGGAAGAGCACGACUUUUUCGCGGCCAAGGACAAUUACCAAAAGAUGCAGGAAAAGAUCGAGAGCGGCAGAGAGUUCCAGUACCACGAAGAUCUGUCUCCCAGAAUCAUCCCCAGAGAGAUUGUACCCUCUGUGGAUAAGCGCGUCGUGGAGAUUCCGAUCGAGAACACACAACCCGGUUCAUUGGAGCCGAAGAAGAGACGUAGAGCGAAGAACCCCAAAAAACCAGCAAAGAAGUUUCACAUGCCAGACGGAGUCGAGACUGGAUUCACGUUCCUCGGCAAAGGAAAGAAGGCGAAGCAGCACGUGCAAAAGGAGGAGGCCAAAACAAAGACGAUUCGCUCUAGAACGGACAGGGCCGUGGCGUCGUUGCCGUCUCUCGAGACGGUACUGUUGACUACGACGGAAGAAGAGCAGCUGGACGACCGGUACGUCAAGUUGACUGGCACCGCCGAGGACCAGUACAUCCAACACGUGAGGUUCGAUGCGUUUCCCCGACAGCAGCAACGACUGGGCAGGACAAUGGUUGUCAAGCAUUCCAGGGCCACCGAGACGCUCGUGAAGGCUUUCAAGGCCAUGCACGAUCCACUUCGAGACUGGGAACCGCCGUGGGAGGAUGAGAGGCUGGAUGGAGACACAGACAAGAGGUCCGCCGCUGCCGGUGCCACCACUCGUCGGCGGAAGGAUACGAUUCGCCGGGCGGUCGAGCGCUCAACACGCUCUUCUUCGCCCUUGCGGCCCUCCUUGGCGACGAACGGACCACUCGGUCAGUACGAUUAUGACGGCGGCGGCGGUGGUGGUGACGGAGAAGAUGAUGAUUAUGAUCAAGACAGCUUCAUCGACGACGGCAGUUUGGCUCAGUCCGGCCCAGGCGCCGAAUCAAGCGAUCGAGACCUUUCUCCGCCGGAACCGUCACCCGUGGCUCUGACCAAGCCCUUUUGGAUCUCGCAAGAAUCUGUGGGCUUCGACGACGCCGGCGGGGAGGAAGAGUUGCCCGAACUCGCAUCUCUGUUUGGGAACGGGAAGAGCGGGGGCCAGGCGACGACCUCUGCCACUUCUGCUGCUGUCGUGGCGGCAUCACAAAAGGCGGGCCGCAAGUGGAAACAACCACCAGUAUCUAACAACAGCAAACUGAGCAGGGCCCGACGUGUGAUUGAUAGCGAUGACGAGGACGAAUCAACAUAGAGUCAUUGUUCACUCCUCUCUGUGUGCUUUUGAUCUUGGAUCUGGAGAAGGCGCUCUGAAAAUCGAAAAAUGGCUUUCCCUUUGGCUAGAACAUGGAAAACCCCUGUCAAUAGUCAGAACAAUCAGAACCAUUCAGACCAGUCUCAAUAUAUUCCCGUCGAGGCUCUAUCGAUCUACGUGUGGUUGUUUAUAUUAGCAUCUCCAAGGGUAGGGUCAGAGGCAGAAGCAGAUAGUAUAAAGAA